GGCAAGGAGCCGCCAGAGAAGUCUGGGCUGGCUUAGUGGCGGCUGCACCGGCAAGCGAGCGAGAGGCAGAAGGAGCACCGAAGCCGCCAUGGCAAGCCCACCUGCCAACGCAGUGCCAGGGCUGGAGUCUGCGAUGGGAGGCAGGCAGGAUGCUCUGGCAGGGUGACUGUGCCCGCUCUGUGCCACAGGAGACUCCAGGCGUGGGAACCCCCUGACCAAGCCAAAACGAUCUGAGACAGGAGUCACCGGAGAGGCAACCCUCCAAGAACAGCCAAACUAAUUGGAGGAUCCGGAGCCAAAGUGGCAGGUGCCAUCUCAACUUGGCGUAUGGAGGCCCUGCUGCCUAUCCUCUCCAGGUACUUCCUUGAGAGGGCCUGCAUGGUCCUGUGGACACUCUGCUUCCAGCCCUACAGACUCCUGUCCUGACUUCCACCGCAGCCCUCACCAGCCUGCCCACUUUCCACCUCGAGGAUGUGCAACGUAUCUCUGAUGAGCUGCCACGUCGACUCAAAGAUCGACCACCUCUUCCCGCCAACACUCUACAUCAUCGUAAUCGCCGUUGGCCUCCCCACCAACUGCAUGGCCCUUUGGGCGGCCUACCUGCAGGUCAGGCAGAAAAACGAGCUGGGGGUCUACCUGAUGAACCUCUCCAUUGCGGACCUGCUCUACAUCGGCACCUUGCCCCUCUGGAUUGACUACUUUUUCCACUAUGACAACUGGAUCCACGGCCAGGAGUCCUGCAAGCUCUUUGGAUUCAUCUUCUACACCAACAUCUACGUUAGCAUUGCCUUCCUCUGCUGCAUCUCUGUGGACCGCUACCUGGCCGUGGCACACCCACUGCGCUUUGCCAAGUUCCGACGUGUCAAGACAGCCGUGGCGGUCAGUGUGGUGGUGUGGGCCAUUGAGAUUGGGGCCAACUCAGCACCGCUCUUCCACAACGAACUUUUCCAUGACCUCUACAACCACACCUUUUGCUUUGAGAAGUACCCCAUGGAGGAAUGGGUGGCCUGGAUGAACCUCUACCGGGUCUUCAUCGGCUUCCUCUUCCCGUGGGUGCUGAUGCUCUUUUCCUACCAUGGGAUCCUGCGGGCCGUGCGGGGAAAUAUUUCCACGGAGAAGGAGGAGAAGGCCAAGAUCAAGCGCCUCUCGCUCAGCCUGAUUGCCAUCCUCCUCAUCUGCUUUUAUAUUGCGCCGUACCACGUCAUCCUGCUAUCCCGCAGCACCGUCUACUUGAGCAAGCCCUGCGACUGCAGCUUCGAGGAGAAAGUGUUUGUGGCUUACCACACAUCGCUGGCCUUCACCAGCCUGAACUGCGUGGCUGACCCCAUCCUCUACUGCUUCGCCAAUGAGGGGGCCCGGAAUGAUGUGGCCAAAGCCCUGUCCACUAUGGUCCGCUUCCUCGCCAGCUCAAAGCCCAAGGAGAUGGCCAGCGCCUCACUCUCACUCGACACGCCUCUCUCCUCCCAGAAGGGCAGCUUCUGCCGGCAGUCCCUGCCGCUGUCCCUGUCCCCGUCACAGGCUGGACUGGGCAUGCAGGGCGAAGAGCUCCAAAUGAAGGUAUUGACUUUUAGCCGCUGAACUUUUCCCAACGAGGAGAUGGCAUAGCACCCUGCCAGGGCACAUAGCCUGUGUGCAUACAGUAUUGGAAAAAUAAAUUAUUAUUAUUAUUAUUAUUAUUAUUA